UGGCCUCGGCUGGAUGGCAAAGACGGGCAAGAAGACACGGCAUUACACGACCCUCUCACUCGACAGUCACUCGCCGUAAACGCCUGCCGCAGCUUCCUUCACUCCUUGGUGUGCGGAGCGGCCGGCAGCAGAGGAUUUUUUAAAGCUGCGCAGUGGCAAAAGAGAAGAAAACAUUCAAACCACACAGAAAUCGACAUAGAAACAUUGAAAGCAAUUUGGCAACUCUGGCUGACUAACUUGCCCCACUCAAACGUUUGUUUCCAUCAAGAAGACAUUCCAAACCCAAAACAUAGAACACAUUCAAACGGAAAAUCCAAACACAAUAACAUCGCAAAAGCAACGCCAACGUCGAGGGCGUCGUGUUGGUGCGUCGUGUUUUUUGCCCGUCCUACAGUGAUUCGAUCGGGACAAGCGGUUCGAAAGCGUUGACUCGUCGCUGCCCCCCCCCAAAAUAAAAAACAACACAAAAAGAUAGGACUAUAAACGUGUGUGUAUCUCGCAUUCCGCCAAACCAGACGCGAAUUCAUUUCGUUUUCUUUUAUCUAACCCCUCCUUCCCCCCCCCCUUUCCAACUGCAAUUUCGAUAUAAUCGAAAACGAAAGUCGAGAAGAACCGAUUCGCGCCGCGUGACAAUUGCAUUCCAGUUCUAAUAGCCGCCCGUUCGUGUUGCAAACAUCUUGUCCUGCUGCUGCCGACCCAACCGGCUUUCAAAAAGAAAUCAGCAACAACAAGAAGAAGAAGACAUCGAACGACGACCAUUUUGCCCGCCAUUUUUCAUCGCCAUCCGCAUUCAGAACGAGGGGAGCCUGGUGGCGGAGGAGGACGGCGGGUGGUGUGGAGGAGAAGGAGUUGCACAGCCGGCGCCAACGAAGAGGAGGGUGCCAAGAUUAAUCGAGGCGCAACAGCAGCAAGAAGAGAAAGAGCAGUGAUUGCGCCUGACUGACCAUUUACGUCAUCAAUCAGGAAAGAAAAGAAAAAAAAAAGGCGCCACCGGAACUGACACACGAAAUUCAAUUUCAAAAUCAAAUCAAAUCAAGAAUCCGAAAAUCAAAACAAAUAGAAAAAUGCAGUGGUCAGGAUGGUUGCUGGUGAUUGGUUUGCUGCUUUUGUGGACGACGUCGGCAGCGUCGGCGAGCAACGCGAGUCCGCGCGAGCUGAAAGCGCUGAGGGCGGCAUUGAAGAAACAGCAGCGCAUCAAGGAUCAGCUGCUGCAACAGCAGCAGCAACAACAGCAGCAGCAACAGCAUCGCUCCUCGUCGUCGGCAGGAGCCGGCGGCAAAGGGGCGUCCAUUGGAGGAAGCGGCGAAUACGUGCCGGACGCCGGGCCGUGGUCGUCUUCGUCCAUGGACGCAAAUAAGGAGCCGAGCUGCGAGCAGUUGCGUCACAUGUGGCGCCAAUCGAAGCGGCACUCGCGGGCCGCCGAGGCCACCAAUGAAAUCCCCCAGUACGCCGACCCGUUCGCCCGCGCUACUUCCCUUCACUACGCCCGCCAACUUCAAAACGAUUUCUCUUCGGGAGCCGAGCCGACGCUGCGUCCCAGGCAGGAGAGGCGGCCCGUCAUCUACGGCCGCCUGCACUCGUCGCCGUCGGCUGCGUCCGACGGCCAGGAAGGGGCCGACCGGCCGGCCAGGCCCUUCGACGUCCUGCGCAAAUUGAGCUGGACGGAGUCGUCGGCGGACGCAGCCUCUCCGCCGAGCGAGUCGAUCAACGGCCAGGGACGCAGCGGCUCGGCCGUCGUCCUCUACGGCGAAGAGGAGCGAUCGCCGUUCCCCAAAUCGCCGGCCAAGGGGAGUCUGCAGCAUUUGCGCGAACUCGUCCGCGAGGAGCAGGGCCGUCAGGGCGGCGUCAAGGGAAGUUUCCAGCAAUUGCGCGACAUCGUCCGCGAAGAGAAGAGCCGCAACGACCAGCAACAGGGAAGGGCUUCGCCUUCCAGCCGCACCGACUGGAGCGACGCCGACGUCGGACGCGUCGUCACGUCGCCGGCCGACCACGCCAGCAAACAUCUGCUGUUCGCCAUGCAGGGCGACGCCCCGUACGACAGUGGCGGCAGCAGCGGCCCGUCGCCGCAUCAGCCCACCCAUGCCAGACGGCCAUCGAACAGCAACAACUACAGCCGACUGUCGUCCUUCGGCAAGUCCCACCAUCGCAAUCACAACAGCCAAAGCGCCAACAGGCAGCAAGGGAUGAACGAGCCGCCGGAUCUGGCCGCUGUGGCCGCUGCGGCAGCAGCGUCGCGCAAGUCUUUCCAGCUGAGGGAUCCUCCGCGGCCGAGGAUCAGUUCCAGCCGUCUGUUGGGUAGCCAACGGGCCGCGUCGGCCAACGCCAACAAGUGGACGUCGUCGUCCUCCUUUGGCGGCCCGGAUUCCGACGAUGAUGUGGGCGUCGUCCGCGGCUACGUGGUCGCAAAGGGCGGCGUUAAAGCGCUCUAUUCUCCGUCGAAACCCAACAGGAGAUCGUUAACAACUGCCGAGGAAGACGACGAUGAUUGCGGUGAUGAAGUGGUGGAUACCUGCCGAAGCCAUUCCGAUUGCCGAUGCGCUGCGGCGGCGUCGUCUGUCCAGCAGCGAUGUCAACGCGGCCGUUGCGUGCCGCUUGCCAAGAAUGGCGGCCAGAAACGGCAGAGGAAUCAUCAAAAACGUCAACCCCCACCCACUUCGAUGCGUCGCCGUCGCCUUGAAGACGAUGAACGAGAGCUGAGUGAAGAUGAGUGGACACAAAGCGAUCAAGACGAGCCAGAUCCAUCUCGAUUGGAGCAGCUGCUGCAAGAAGAUCAACAGUCGGAAGAUGAGACCAGCCAUUUGUGGCAAGAGGAGCAUCGCUCCAGGCCAAAUAGCCGCAAAGCCGAGACCAUCCGAGACAUCAUCGACGCUCUCCAACAAAUCGAUCAACAAGAGUCGACGGAUUAAAAAGGGACGAGGGAAUUCAAACAAGAAAAAAAAAACUUCUGACGGUGACAUUUAGGUGACAUUCAUUUUGUUCCUUACAAAAUGCUUUGAACAGCAAAGAACAAACAACUGCGCACACGCAAUUCCGGCGAAAAACGUAAUAAUGAAAGCUGCAGAACAAACAUUACUCUCCCCAAUAAUAAAAUUAAAUCUAAAAAACUAAAAUAAUUAAAAAAAAAAAAAUGCAGAUUGAACUUGAUUCCUUCCCUGGCACGUGUUGAUCUCACACACUUGAUUUUUUUUUUUUUUUUUUUUACAAAGAAAAAAAUUAAGAAAAAAAAAAACAAAACAAAAGGGAACAACGACGUACCCUCUUGAAAAUGAAAAAAAAAAUGCGUCCCUUUCUUUUCAAUUUCCCUUUUACAUUCGACAUGGCCACUCGUUUUUCUCAAAUGAAAUAUGAAACUCACUUGUUUAAUUAACGUCACACUCAUCGCAUGCUAUGAAUAUCAAAUGGGAUACACCUACACAAUUUUUAUACACAAACAUAGACACGCACUUACAGACAGACACGGCAAUUUCAAAAGUUAUGGAGAGCCGAGAUAUUGAAACACGCCAUCAUUCCAAUGACAUAACGUUUUCUUUUUUUUGUUUUUCAUUUUAAAUAUGUCUUUCUUUUUUUAGUUCUGAUUCUGAUUUUUAUUGUUUAUUUUUUUUUUGCUUUGUGUCGGUCUCCCACCCACGCUCUUGGGUCAAUUAGUUUCUUUCCAACAAAUGAUUUGCAUUCGUGUAUGUUUAAUUUCGUUUUUCGUUUGUUGACCAUUGGCACCCGACAACCAGGGAUAUGCUGACAUAUCAAUAGCCUCUCCCUUCCAUUCCUCUCGCCAUUCCCAAUCAAACAACAACAACCAAAAGAAGAAGAAAACUCUGAAACAAACCAAAUAGGAGCAAGCCGAAAUGAAUAAAGCACACACACGAAAUUAGAAACAAACAAAAAAGAUAUGAAAACUAAGGCAAUGCGCUGUGUGAACAAAACCCCCCCAAAAAAACAACGCAUUUCAAUUGUUUUAGAGAACAAGGCAAAACAAAAAAAAACAAAACAAAAGACAUAUAGAAUUAUACAUAUAUAUAAAUAUCAGCUUGUCUCUUACGUAUAUAUACAUCCAUUCUGUAUUUUCAUUUCUCGGCAACGGAGAAGACGCAGAGGAAAAAGAAGGAGAACAUUUUACCUAGUGCAUAUCAAAGCAUAGUGUCUUUAUGUGGCGGUUUCGCAAACUAAACUAAAAAAAAAAAAAAAAAAAAUUAAAUACAAAUUUUAACCCGACAGUAGCCCAAUCCAAAAUGUUUCCCCCCACUCUUUAAUCCUCUGAAUUCUAUAUAUUACACCACAUGUGAUGUGUAUAACUUCAAAUAAUCUUAAUUAUUGUGACUGUAUGCUAUACUAUAUACACAAAGAAACAAAAAGACUAACCGCAAAAAAAAAAACAUAAACAGGCAACACAAUCGAUUGUUCUUCACCUGGACAAUUUUUAUUGACAUACACAUUUGUUUGUUUAGUUUUGUCAUUUUCCUUUCUCUCUCUUAUACUUUGUUGGAUCCACAGCAAUCAAUGUUUUCGUUUGUCCUUUCUCCCGCAUUGCUCCCUUCCAGAAACAGACACGAAUAAGCGCUUGAAACAUGAUUAUUUGACUGUGUAUACUACAUUUACUUGAAGUCUACAUCAUUUGUCAAAGA